CUUAUUUCUCCCCAAAUUUUCCUAUUGUCCCACUAAAGAAAUACCUUUAAAAAGUGACAUUGCUUCCAAGUCAGAGAUUUAAAAAAAAAAAAAAAAAAACAGAAGGAAAGAAGGAAGGAGGAAAGGAGGGAGAGAGGGAGUGGGUGAAGAAAGAAAGAAGUUAAGAGACACCCAUUGAGAAAGGCUUUUCAUUCUGAAAUACUUCAGCUCCAAUAAUAAUGUAUUUGUAACAAAAACAUAAGGAAAGUGUAAUGAAUAGAGUAACAUACUCAUGAAAAGAGGGUAAUAUAGAAGAGUGGGAUUCCUCCACCCCCAAGAGAGAAUUGUUUGUGCCAUUUUUAUCGCAUAUUUUUCAUUAUAAACUCCUCUGCUUUCAUUGAAGCAAAAAUGAAUAGCUGUGAUUAAUUAUGGCCCAGAGAAGUCUCAUUCUCCCCAUGGAACUUGCUCUUCCUCAUUUUCAACAGCACCACUAAACAUGCACCACUAGUUACCUUUGAUCUCCCCACUGUUCACAACCUCCAAGCAGGCGUCAAGUCCUAGGUCCCCCACCAGCACAACUACUCAUGCCUCUAGUUAUGGGAGAGAGAAGAUUUGUAAACUCCUUGUGGGCAGUUUCCAUGGCAUAAUCUUCAUUUCUUCCAUAGUAUCUAGCACAGUUUUUACUUUUAUGCAGGAGAGGUAUUAAACAGUAUGCCUUCUUUUAUCAGGCUACAGGAGCAAAUGCAAUUCAGUACAUUUUCCUAUUUAGUGUUGCCAGAAAACUCACAGCUACCUUUUGGGCCCAGCUGCAGCAAUUAACCUUAGUCUAGAAUUUUGAAGUUUUUGAUACAAUUAUCUCCAUUGUUCCACCUUCCCCAUUAUAUCAGUCUUUACAGUUACUGUAAUAAUCUUACUUCAAAAAUAUCUUUCUUGAAGGUCAUUUUGAAGCCUUUUGGGAAGAAUGUAAUUGUCUAAGUAGUAAGAGAGCAAGUCAACAAGAGAAGGGGCUAAUUCCAUUUCUGCAUUUAUUAUUUGCAGCUUAUAAGGCUAUCUGAGUGAUUUUCGUCUGGACAUGUUAAUGUAUUCCAGGCAUUCCAGUAUGGUUAACUGGGGGCCUGAGUUUAAAAUGGGCUUCCAGUGAUACUCAGAAGUAAACCAGAUGCAGCUGGGGCUACUCGUAAAACAGAAAGGAAUAAAUAACAAAUACUUGAAACUCCUUAGACGUUUACUUUUUUUCAUUAGGAAAAAAGGAGAAAGGGUUGUAUGAGAUGUGUUUUUUCCUUACUUCCUCGCUGCAGGGUGCAACUGAUGAACUUGUAUUCAGUGCUUAUUUUGAGGUUUAGUAAUCUAUUGAUACUUCGGCUUUUGAUCAUCUGUGCUGAAAUGCUGUGGUCAGCAUUAAAUUGUUUGCCUAAUCGAUGUGGAAAGUAUUUUCCUCCUUUUAGCUUGUCUUUUUCUAGGUAUGUUUUUUUUAGGGGUUAGGAGAAGGGGUAAUGUUCUCAAAUGAUUGGGAUUUCUGUAGUGAGUAAAGGUGUGAGUUUAUUGGAGAGCUGAGGGGCAGUUUUUAAAGAAUCCUUUAUUUGUUCAAAUUUGGGUACACAGAAAACAUUUAGAAAACACUCUGGAAAUGUUUAUACAGCAAAUGUAAGCAACAUACAAUACAGAGCUCUCAUAUACAUACUUACCAUCAUAACUAAUAGCCCUACUUUGUAAACAGAAAAUGAAUGUGUUUCCUAGGAGUAGUAGAAUAGAUUUUGAGAAGGCCAAUCCUUCUUCAUGACCUAGACCGGCCUUCUUUUACGUGGCUGCUAACAUCAUUACUGAUGUCAGAGAUGUAGAAUUAAGGUGUCCAAAUUUCUUUAGUAUGACCUUUUGGAAACUGAAUUAUCAGUACCAUAAUAAAAUGCAUAGCAGGCGUGCUGGCGUGCGUUCACUUUCAGCCUGGUGUGGGGCUUGUAAACAUAUAACAUAAAAAUGGCUUCCAAAAGAGCUCUGGUCAUCCUGGCUAAAGGAGCAGAGGAAAUGGAGACGGUCAUCCCUGUAGAUGUCAUGAGGCGAGCUGGGAUUAAGGUCACCAUUGCAGGCCUGGCUGGAAAAGACCCAGUACAGUGUAGCCGUGAUGUGGUCAUUUGUCCUGAUGCCAGUCUUGAAGAUGCAAAAAAAGAGGGACCAUAUGAUGUGGUGGUUCUACCAGGAGGUAAUCUGGGUGCACAGAAUUUAUCUGAGUCUGCUGCUGUGAAGGAGAUACUGAAGGAGCAGGAAAACCGGAAGGGCCUGAUAGCCGCCAUCUGUGCAGGUCCUACUGCUCUGUUGGCUCAUGAAAUAGGUUUUGGAAGUAAAGUUACAACACACCCUCUUGCUAAAGACAAAAUGAUGAAUGGAGGUCAUUACACCUACUCUGAGAAUCGUGUGGAAAAAGACGGCCUGAUUCUUACAAGCCGGGGGCCUGGGACCAGCUUCGAGUUUGCGCUUGCAAUUGUUGAAGCCCUGAAUGGCAAGGAGGUGGCAGCUCAAGUGAAGUCUCCACUUGUUCUUAAAGACUAGAGCAGCAAACUGCGACGAUCACUUAGAGAAACAGGCCGUUAGGAAUCCAUUCUCACUGUGUUCGCUCUAAACAAAACAGUGGUAGGUUAAUGUGUUCAGAAGUCGCUGCCCUUACUACUUUUGCGGAAGUAUGGAAGUCACAACUACACAGAGAUUUCUCAGCCUACAAAUUGUGUCUAUACAUUUCUAAGCCUUGUUUGCAGAAUAAACAGGGCAUUUAGCAAACUAAAAAAAAAAAA